UAUCACACUCGUAUACAAUCUCCCUGUUGUACUGCUGUCUGCUGCUGCCGGCGACGGCGAGGAGUCCUUCACAGACUCUGCUUCGUAACAACACCGCCGUCCGUCUGUGUCACGGAGGACGGCAAGUAAUCCGACAAGAACACCGCUGGGAGUCGACAAGAACACCUUCUUCUCUUCAUCAAAAUCCACGGGAUUUGCCUUCUUCUCUUCGUCAAAAUCAAAAUCCACGGGAUUUCUGGCAUUGAACGCGACUAGUACGCGAAUCUGGGCACGCAGCGACAGCUCGGUGAAUCGGCGCUCAACUCCUCGCGCCGCCCAGCAAAUAAAAGAGAGUCCAAGAAACCAGAUCCCGAACCAAGAAUCCCACCCCAACCCCCGGCGAUGUCGGCGUCAGGCGGCGAGGAGAGGGACCGGUCUCGGCCGGUGGUGCUGGUGACGGGGUGCUCGGAUGGCGGCAUCGGGCACGCGAUGGCGCGCGCCUUCGUGGCGGCCGGGUGCGCCGUCGUCGCCACGGCGCGGUCGCGCGGCUCCAUGCGCGACCUCCAGGGCGACCCGCGGUUCCUGCUGCUGGAGCUCGACGUGCGGUCCGAGGAGAGCGCGCGCGCCGCCGUGGCAGACGCGCUGCGGGAGCACGGCCGCAUCGACGUGCUCGUCAACAACGCCGGGGUCCACCUCGUCGCGCCGCUCGCCGAGGUGCCCAUGGAUGCCUUCCACCAGGUCUUCGACACCAAUGUCUAUGGUACAAUGAGGAUGAUUCAAGCUGUUAUUCCUCACAUGAUGGAAACAAGGAAAGGUACAAUUGUGAAUGUUGGAAGUAUUACUGCUUUGGCACCUGGACCGUGGGCUGGUGUGUAUUCAGCGUCAAAAGCUGCUCUUCAUGCAUUGAGCGAUUCAAUGAGGGUUGAACUAAGAAGCUUCGGCAUCAAUGUGAUGAUUGUUGCCCCUGGAGGAACAAAAUCGAAUCUUGGGGAUAAAUCUGCGGCUAAGUAUGAUCAAAUCAAUGAGUGGAAGUACUACAAGAAGUACGAGGAGUCGCUCCGAGCCAGGACGGACGUUUCCCAGGGCCCUGGGUCCACUCCAGCCGAGGAGCUUGCAAAGAAGGUGGUUGCGCUGGCUCUGAAGAAAAACCCUCCAGCUCUGUUCGCUUACGGCCAGUUCACUGCUAUUCUGUCCAUGCUGUAUUACACGCCGCUAUGGUUUAGAGACUACUUCUACAGGCUGGUCAUGAAAUGCUAGUGCCUGGAGGUAUAGGAAAUAUAGCUGCUCAGGCCCAGUUCAGUCCGUAGUUCUCACAUACAGUAGUAUUUAGUAUAUUUGUAACAGAAAUUCAUACACGUUGAUUUAUUUGUAGCUAUACGCUGUAUACUUUUUUGGUUGCAAAUGAAAAGCUCUCCUGGUUUCUGUGUCA